GCUCACUUCACAUCGAGACGUCGAACGUUCUGGAGCGUGUAGUGAGACGUAAUUAGAGAUCGACUCGUAGCAGUUUUAUCACCAGAUUAUCGCGCGUUUAGCCUAGUCAGAAAAAAAAUGUUAUAUUCAUUUGCUUCAACUCGACUUUCCUUUCGAAAUCGUCGAGUGUGAAUCGGCGGUACGGAACGAUAAGUGAAGGGGAUUAAACUUGGCGAAUUGUUGGCGGAAAUAAACGGGACUAAUUAGCGGGUACUAACAACAACAUCGGAAUUAUCGCUUUGUGACGCAGUUAUACGUAUACGUAGAUCCAUUAACCGGGAAGCAAGGCUGUCAAAAGUCCCGAAGGAGGCUGAGAAUGGAUUUCGCGGUGAGCCCGGGGCUUGAGCCAGGAUUCGAAGGGUUUCAACCCCGGAAUGAGGGGGUUGGCCUGCGGACGUCGAGGCUUCUUCGAGUUUGUUUACUUUUUCCUGUACCUACGCAGUCUUCGCUUCGGUGCCUUUGGCGUAACAACAGCAGCUGGUCGGGGAAAAUCGCACGAGCUUCGUUGUACAACUUCCUUAGUCGGAGUAUCUAGCCGGGGAUAUUUCGAGGGCUCAACAACUCGUUACAAAGACGAAAACUGUAUAACGAGCUCGUAUAUAUCGAUUAGGAGAACGGACGUCGAGCAAAAGAGAAGAAAAAAGGUGAGGGAAGAAACAAGAGCCUUUGGCAUUGUCCAUUCAUUCAUUGUGUACAUUUUCCUAAAAUUUGAUAAUUGUAUAAUUCUUAAAACAUUGAUUGAAACAUUUUACAUCACUUCAGCAAACUUGGUGCAUUUCAGUGAAGGUGUGAAGACGGUAAUAUCAUUGGAACACGUUGAUUUAUUCAUCUUCGGAAUUUACCAAACCUGCAGUAAUUUGUGAAAUAGCAUCUGAUAGUGUGAAAAAUCUGAAUCCAUUGGAUCUUCUGCUGAUUGUUUUUUUUAAGCGAGAGGGAGAGAGAGUGAGUGAGUGAAAAGGGUGAAAAGUAAUUUCCCAGAGUAAAAAUGGAGCGGACACGAGAAGCUACCGGUUUGUAUAAUGGAUUAAUCCUCCAGGGCAGGCGGCAGUGAGCCAUCCGUUAUAAGGCGAUCGAGGGUGAUUAUAAACAGCUCAAUUACCGUUUGUUUACGGUUAACUGGAAGCGGACGGCGGGAGCCUUCAGAGCCGAAGACGAGUAGCAGACCGAAUCGUUCCAGUCCCAGCGGCGGAGUCUAACCAGGUCUAGGCGGCAGCCCGGAGAGGCAGGGAAGACUCGGCGGUCGUCUCAUUG